UGUGAGUCGGUUUAUAGUUACGGUGUUGUUGUCUUUUGUCGUGCAAAGACAGAAGCAAGCAAGUGGAGUAAGCUUGCAAUUGCAACAACAAUAUCUGCACAAUUACAGAUUUCUCUCUCAACUCCUUCAAAUUCCCCAAAACCCCCGAGUCCAUACUGAGUCAAAUCGCAAUCCAAUUAUUAUGGACUCGGUCACUCUCCCUUUCUCUGCACUCUCUUCCGCCACUCACCGUCCAAUUUUCAUUCCACGCGCCACUGUCGGUUUCCGCUGCUUCCACAGCUCCGUUCAUCUUCCAACUACUCUUCGUGGUUCCCCUCUCUUCGCCGCCAAUACACUCACCGCUAAUUCCGUGCCGCCAAAAAAUGGAGUGUACACUGUCGGUGACUUUAUGACAAAGAAAGAUGAGUUACAAGUAGUGAAGCCCACAACAACUGUGGAUGAAGCUUUGGAAUCUCUUGUUGAACACAGAAUAACCGGUUUUCCGGUGAUUGAUGAUAACUGGAAGCUAGUUGGCGUUGUUUCAGAUUACGACUUAUUAGCACUGGACUCUAUUUCAGGUCAUGGGCGAACAGAUAACAGCAUGUUUCCAGAAGUUGACAGUACUUGGAAGACUUUCAACGAGGUUCAAAGACUACUGAGUAAGACCAACGGGAAGGUGAUUGGUGAAUUAAUGACCGCUGCCCCUAUGGUCGUUCGCGAGACCACCAAUCUCGAGGAUGCUGCUAGAUUGUUGCUGGAAACAAAAUUUCGACGACUUCCAGUUGUAGAUGCCGAGGGUAGAUUGGUUGGGAUUAUCACAAGAGGAAAUGUUGUAAGAGCUGCACUUCAAAUGAAACGAGACAACGAAAAGAAAGCAUGAUAGAGAUUUAGAAGAUGAUUUUGUUGAUUUCAAGCAAUGAUUCAAUUGAAGUGUUCACACAAGCUUUGCUUGAAUUAGAAUUAAAAUUUUGGCUUAGGCAUGUAUAUCUUAUAUUAUUAUAUUGUUUUGCUAUUACAGGAAUAUUUGUCAUCAACAAUAAUAAGUUUGAAAGUGACAAUUAAUUAUUAUUCCCAAUGUUCACAUUGUGAUUGUAGUAAUUGAUAAGGAACACCAUGGUGAUAAUGAUGUUGAAAUGUGAAUUUGUUGUAUAUUAAUCAUAUUCCACGGACUAAGAAUAACUUGAGACGCAAA